CUCCCCCGACACCACCCGAGCGAAACCGACSCCAUACUAUGAGCUCGGGGACAAGAGACGGGGACGCGGGACCGUCCGAAACCAAAACCGACCGGGCCAGCGGCGAAACAGAAACAGAAACAGAAACCAGCACCACCGUUGCCCCGCUCGGCGCCGAUCGAACGCCGGGCGCCCCUUUCCCCGCCGGGGARGACCCGCUGGCGGCGGCAAACCUCUUCGAGGCCUCCAAGAUCAAGAACUUCUUGUACAAGCAAGAACCGGACAUGCCGAGGCUGAGCSCGGCCUCCCUGGAGCUGGUCUCCACGACGGCGGCCCUCCUGCUGAAAUCCAUCGUGGAKCGGGCGGUCCUGGAGGAGCGACACGACCGCAAGGCCGGACCCAGGGGCUCCCUUCCGCCGACCGAGGGAGCGGACCAGGAGGAGGGGAACCAAAGACAAAGACAACCUUUCCUGGUCACCACGAGCCUCCUGAAGCGGGCCGUUCUGUCCCCCUCCCCGGACGGCCUCCUGCCGUCGCUUCCGCCGCCGCCGGGCUUUUUGCUGGAAACCUACCGGGACGCUCCGGACCGCGACGCYUCGGCCUUCGCGAGGCCGACCGAGUACGCUCCGCGGACGCGAAAGGCGGCCAAGCGACCGAAGCGGACCCGGGCCACCCAGGGGGAGAAAGACAGGCCGGGAAACCGAAACCGCGGGGGGGCCAGGGGGGCCGCCGCGGGGGCGCGCAGGCUCCUCGGGGAGCCGGGGACGGCUACGGAUGGGUUGGGACCCCUGGAGAGGGCCAUUGCGGACGCCUCGGCGUCGGCAGUAAUCCCCGCCGUCGCYAAUGACAUCGUGGAGGACGAGGACGACUACGACUGAUCGACGGAUGGAAUGGCUGGAAAAAAAUACAU